GUCGUCCACUUCCUGGAUUGGGCGCCUCAAAGUAAAAUGUGAGCAAAGCCACUCCGGGGAAGGAGAGCACCAGAUCAAGAGCAGUCCUGUGAUUGGUCGAGUUCUCCGUCCUCACUCCACACCGGCCACACUUGUCUGGUUAGAAGAAAACUACGAGGUUGCCGAGGGUGUCUGCAUUCCACGAAAUACCCUGUACCUGCACUACGUGGACUUCUGCACCAGGAACACCAUGCAGCCGGUCAACGCGGCAAGUUUCGGAAAGAUAAUCCGGCAGCAGUUUCCGCAGCUGACCACAAGGAGGCUGGGCACCAGGGGUCAGUCCCGCUACCACUACUACGGCAUCGCAAUCAAGGAAGCGUCACUUUACUUCGAAUCAUCGUAUUCCAGAAGCUCGGGCUGUGGGGACCUCGAGUACAGGCGGGAGAUACCCUAUACAAAGCAGGGAUCUACUUUUUCGGCCGUGCCACCCCGUGUCCGCAUCAGCGCGGUGCUGCCGGAGUUUCCCUGCGUGAGGGACAUGGUGCUGCCCAAGGAGGCCGACGCCGACAAGAUGGACACCUUCUUGACCAUGUACCGAACCCACUGCCAGCGGGUCUUAGACACCGUCCUGAGAGCAAGCUUGGAAGAGGUGCCCCACUACCUGAGCCACUUCUGGCACGGCAUCCCGCCGCACCUGGUGUCGGUGCUGUCGAGCAACGCGCUCAUCAACCUGGUCGGAGUGUGCGACAACCUCCUCUACGGGGCGCUGUCGGGAGUGCUGCUGCCCCCGCUCCUGCAGCCCAUGCCCGACAGCGUGUCCCGGGCCAUGCGAACGUUCUCCGAGGAUCUGGAGAAGUGGCUGGACGGGGCUGUCGCCGGAUUUCCCGAUAACCUCCGCACUGUAAAGAUAGAAAUGGGUCGGCGGUUCUCGCAGAGCCUGCGGCGGCACCUGUCGCUGAGCCAGCUGGUGCAGGCGUGGCGCGUGCUGGCCCGGGGCGGCAGCCAGGGGUCCGGCCACAUGCUGCGGGACUGGAGUCAGCUAGACCUGACGGCCCUCUGCCAGGAGACCCUGUUCGGGGGACAGCAGCAGCCCAGGCCCUCGCUACACUUCCUCUACAGACUGGUCAAAGAGUUUGAGGCAUUUCUGGCAGAAGACACCCCCGUGGAAGUCUAUCUAGACUGGCUCGAAGCUGUCAUCCGGAAGACCGUGUCUUUGCCCAGCCUGCGGAGAGGGCUCUCUGCUCGAAAGCUAGCUGGGGAGUUCCUGCUUCUCUGGUCGGCCUUUGGGACAAGAAUCAUUCGUGACAUGACCCUUCACAGUGCGACCACCUUCGGAUCGUUCCAUCUGCUGCGACUUCUCCUGGACGAGUAUGUGCUGUUCCUGCUGGAGCGCGUCCUGACCGAGGACUUGGUGCGGCAGCUCCUCACCAACGUCUCGCGGGACCUGGUGCCUUCGGUCUUCCCUGAGGUCGGCCUGGCCGGCCUCUCGUCCGACCAGGGCGGACGAGGCAAGUGGCUCAGCGAGUCGCCGCUGGGCUCGGGCUUCAAGGCCCAGGGGUUUCCGGAUGACCACCUAAGCUCGGACGACACUGCUGAAGGUUUCCAUGGUCAAGGAGGAUCCCCUCCAUUGUGGUCACAUGGCAAUGGCGACUGCUCUCACACGAGCAACAGCAGCGACCCACUGACUGGGAGCGGAUACGAGUCCCGCCGGUCCUGGGGCUUCUGCCAAGACCUCCGUUCUGCGGGGUACGACCUGAACGGCACACAGUAUUCUGCCGCAAGUUGCACGGUAGAGGCGCCUAUGGAAGGCGUCGCGAGAGAUUGUGGCUCAACGUGGGAGGCAGGGUAUGAGCCCUUCCCGGAGGCCUUGCUGCCAUUCCCAAGAAACCCACACGACACCGGCAGCGAGCACGACUACACUGCCGCCUGAUGAACGCCCGUUAACAAAUUCUACGGAGGUUCCUGGCAGCGUGAAUCAUCGAGUUACUUUACAAAUAAAAUUGUAUAAUUAAGCCUCUGAAA